CUAGGGAGGGAGUACAGUACUAUCAUAUUAUAAUUGAAUUUUUGAUUUUGAUGAUUCCAUAAAGAAAGAGGAUUUUGAGAAAAAUGAAACGAGCCUUAUUACAUUCAGCUUCGUCUUCCUCCAAGGCUCGCGCUACUUCAGAUAAUAAAACAUGUGGCUCUGCUUGUUGGAUUGGUAAAGGACUCACCUGUGUUUGCUUCAAGCCUAAGGGAAUCUGUCAACCAAUCUGCAUUACUUUGACCCCUUUACAGGAGGAAAGACUUAGAAGAUUAAAACGCAGAAUGAAAGUUAACUUUGAUGCUUCCAAGCCUGAUCACCAGGAUGCUUUAAGAGCUCUUUGGUCAGCUUCAUUCCCUGGUGAAGAGCUCAAAGGCUUGAUUUCUGAUCAAUGGAAAGAAAUGGGAUGGCAAGGAAAAGAUCCAUCUACUGAUUUCAGAGGAGCUGGUUUUAUAUCCUUAGAGAACCUCCUAUUCUUUGCCAAGGCAUUCUCGACUUCUUUCCAGAAUCUUUUGAAGAAGCAAGGAAGAAAGGGACCUGUCUUGGGGUAUCCCUUUGCUGUUGCUGGUGUAAAUAUUACUUUCAUGAUUAUGCAAAUGCUAGAACUUGAUGCCACCAAACCCAGGACUUUCAUAAGAACAAUUUUUCUACAAAUGCUUUCAGAAAAUGAAUGGGCAUUUGACUUGCUAUAUUGUGUGGCAUUUAUGGUUAUGAACAAAAAGUGGUUAGAGACAAACGCUACUUACAUGCAAUUUAAUGAUGUCUUAAAAUCAACUCGAGUUCAGCUAGAGAAAGAGUUGAUGAUUGACGAUGUUAUACGAAUUGAAGACAUGCCAUCUUACAAUCUUCUUUGUUGACAAGUAGCUUAAGCUGAGCAUUAAUUAUACACUAGUAUAGCAUAUUAUAUGUUAUUUAUCCCCAUCAUUCUUUGCAUAUUAUAUCUAUUUAUCUAAGACUAAAUUAACACGAGCUACUUUAGAAAUGUUAAAGAAAAUUCUCACUUUGACGGGCAAGUGUGUAAAUAUGCAUUGCCUCCACUAGGUUUUCAAAUCACAAGUGUUGAUUAAUUAGUGAUAGGGAGAGCUAACCUAGGUGAUAUGGGUCAACUAGUUCAACAAAUUGUUACACGAGUUUAUUGUCCAGCAAUAAUGUGGCAAUUCUAUAAUCCAAAUUAGAUGUUUUUUAUUUUUUCUGUUUAUUCUAUAAUCCAAAUUAGAUGUUUUUUA